AUGGUAUCAAGGGCUUCUCGAGAUCGUCGAGUUAGGGCAAUAGACACCCCAGAAACCACAGAAGGCUAUCAUAUGGACUGGAUGUUCACGAAUGAAGCUAUAUCAGUUGAAGGUGGAGGAAUGCUGUCAAAACAAGUAUUAAGAGCUACCACCAAGCUUCUCAUGCCUGGAUUCUUAUCUCAUUGUUUUUUUAUUCGUGCCUUCUUAGUUGUUUAUAUAGGAGGUGGGUUUUAUUCAUCAGUAAACUUGGCAGACUUUGAUAUUCCAACGACAUAUUCGGAACUUGGGUCUAUCAUUAGGGUUUCGCGCAUUAUGCUUCAGGUUAAGAAACUGUUGAAUCUUACAGUUUGCCGUUUCAAGCUUAUGAAGGAAAGGGCUUUUAAGGAAAAUUCACUAGUGGAAAAGUGUGAUACGAGUAUGAUGUGUGUAUGCAACCAGUAUUCUCUGACUUUUCCUGAACCAAGGUCAGCGAAAUUUUAG